GAGUUUUGAUAAUGAUCGAAAUCGUGAUUUAACAUCAAGAUUCACAUAAUGCUUGGGAAGAGGAAAAAAGACAUAACAACUUCCAAACAAGUCCCCAUCAAUUCUCAUUUACUGUAGUCUCCUUUUUCGGCGGUAGGAACGGAACAAUCUUGUGGCGUCACAUUGUUUUUGCUUAUGCACAUUAGCUUGUUUCCCCUAUAGCUGAUGAGCUCUGGAUCUCUCUAGAAAUGUCUACAUACGAGGUCCAUGAAAAUGAGAAAGAUGAAGCCAAGGGCGAGAGACGUACACACAGCUCUUCGUCCACAAGGAGAGUUGGCAUGGCCAUGGAGUUGAUCAAGUGGCAAAUUAGGUUGAAGCAAGCCCUCGAGAAACACAGUUCCACCCCAUGCCAUGAUUGUUUUUGCAUCAAUCAGAGCUGAUCACUUCCGAACAGGCAUGUAUGAAUGGACCGGCGUUUUGGAACUGGAGCCAAACUUGUCUAUUUUCAAUGAAGCCUUCAAAGAGUCAGCUAUUCUCGUGUGCCCAUCUGUGGAUGAGUUUAGAUAGAAGCUUCAAGGAUACGCACAGUUUUGCGUAUUGUGGAGGCUCUUCACAUCAUCAUUGACACGAAGUGAAAUCAUGAAGUUGGAGCAUAUUCUAGUUAUCUCUUGGAUCCAAAGCCUUUCGGGAGCAUUAAACUUGCCAACCAUGCCUAGUUUGACUCUAGACUGUGCCGGGAACAAAGUUCCUCAGGACGGAAAAUACAUCCCGAGCCUUAUCACUCUUGGACGAGUCAACAGCACUCAUUUUAAGGUGUACCUUCGAUGUCAGCAACUUGACCAAGAGGAAGGGAAUCCCGUUCAAGGGGAAUAUGUCGACGUGGAGGAGCAAUUCCACUACAAUGGUCAGGAUGAUAUGCAUUAUGCCAAAUAUCUGUCAAUGAACUGCGGGGACGUUCGACAAUCCGGAAUGUGUUUUAAUCCCAGGAUCACCCAAAAUGAUCUCCUCAAUGGGAUGGUGUGCCUCAAAACGGGUAGGGCGUUUUGCAAAAACUCAAUGGUGGUCGUUUCAAAAGACGAUCGACCCUCAACAUCGAAUGCCUCAGAAAUUGAGGCUUCACAUUGGGCCUUCGGAAUUGGUGGACUUAUUAUGGGUGUGGUUGUGGUUGGGGUUGGAAUUUGGUAUUACAACAGACGGAUCGAUGAGCAAGAACUCCAGGAGGGAUCCCAAAAAGUAAUCGAAUCAUCCAAACCAAUUAUAAAUGGAAUAAGUUCUCUCAAACGACCAAACCAUCAAUUUCCAACUAUUGAGAUCACGGAGGCUGUUGAUUGAAUUUAGACUACGAUUUUAGAAUAUAUUCAGAUUAUCUUUUCCUCUUGAUGACAAAAACAUCCACACCGGAAGCUCGAUAAAUGAUAACGUAGUUCGUGUCAAAAGUUACAUCUAAAAACUGAAAUCACUAUUGCUCCAAGUGAAUAAAUGUGAACAAGUCAUGGCAUUAGGAGUAAUAUAUUGGGCCAUGUUUGCUUUACUAGUGCCCUCAGCAAAUUUGAGUUGUGGGAAGGAAGUCUGGUUCGAAAUCAAAAGGCCGAAAUUGUACGAACUAGAUGCGUACAUCAAACCGAACACAAUCCUUGCAUUGAGAAUGAUUAAUAAGAAUGAAACAGCUGUGUGCAAAAAGCUUUUGCUCAUUGUUUCAAAAUCCAGUAUAAAUCAUUCAACUCUUACUGGUGACACGUUUUGCUCUUCAAAUUUUCCCCACGUGGUUUGCUCGAAAUUGCAGAAAUGCAGAAAUGUCUCAUGCAUUAUGGAAGAAGUUGAAGAGUUGAAAUGCAAGGGUCAAUGUAAUAACCCCUUGGAAUCGGUCGCUGGCUCUGAAUGGAAGCAGUAUGACAUGUACAUAGCCAUUGGGGCUUUAAUCUUAAGCGUCAUUUUCCUUUCUCUUUGGAUACGACGAGAAAGACGACAACAGCAACAGCAACAACAACAUCAACAACAACAACGUCUGCCCAAACCAACAGGGCAAAAAUCGAACCAUGAGUUGGGCCCAGAAUCCCAAGAAUUGGAAUCUAACUACAUCUGCGAAGUUGUGAUGGACAACGAUUACUACCAAAGAACAGUAUUGGCAAACAAAAACAGCAGCCAAGAAUCCGAGGGGCAUUACAAUGAAAACGAUUACGUGGCUGUACUGUAACCUCCAUAUUAAUACAUUCAAAAUGAUUGCA